UUAAAUGAGAAGGAAGUGUGGGAGUGGUGGUUUUGAAGCUCUCCCUUUAAGAGGCAGCCUGCAGUGACGAAUUGUUGAAAUUGCCAUUGCAGGAUGGCAUUCCGCUAUAAAUUCAUUGUUCCACCUCCUCUCAUCUUCACAUUUCUCUCCCUUCUCCUCUUGUUCACAUCGACAGACUGGGGAUAACAACCAGCAUUAGAAAGGGAGAAGUUGUUUUACAAAAUCCAGGGCAUUUUUUUUUACCAUCUCACCGGAGACGAUCGAGCCUUUUUUGGCGUAUGUUUCUUCUCUCUUCAAACAAAAGGGGGCAAAGGAAGGCAAGGCACUAGCUUCUGAAAGUGCCGAUCUGCAUCGGAUCCCCCUGCCUCUGUUGAGGAGGAUGAUGCAGUGACUACAAGAGAGAAGUGGAAGAAGAGUGAAAAGUGCUCAAACUUCUCCGCUCGCCGGGUGUGAGCCUCACUUGUUUGCCGCCUGUUCAGCAGUUGUUUUAGGAUUGUGGUGUUCUCCUUCCAUGUGCUCCUGACUUUUCCCUGCAGAGAAACGCAAAGUUCAAACGCGAGCUGCCUUUGUUGACAUUUUUUUUCUUCCUCCCACUCACACUUGCUUCAACCUUGGGAGGAUUUUUUUCCACUCUGAAGCUCCUCUGUUGAUCUCCACCGGGUGACUUUUUUUUUUUUUUUUUUAAGAGAGACAAAUAUGGUCCUGAAGUUUGUUUCCCUGCUGCUGGCUGCGGAGUUGCACUUUGCUGCUGCCAAGACCGGAGCUCCAACAGCAACAACAGCAGCACCUGCUUAUGAUAAAACCCAGCCGCCUCCCGGAGCAGCAGCAGCAUCAGCAUCCCCUCACCCUGGCCCCCAGCAGCUGUCCCGGACCAGCGGCCUGGUGCAGAACAUUGACCAGAUCUACUCCGGGGGCGGCAAGGUGGGCUACCUCCUCUACGCGGGGGGCAGCAGGUUCCUCUUGGAUCUGGAGAGGGACGAGCUGGUGGGUCCGCAGGCCCCUGUGCAGCAUCCCCGCGGCUGGGCUCACUGCUAUUACCGGGGCACGGUGGACGGCAGCCCCCAGUCCCUGGCCGUAUUGAACCUUUGCGGGGGGCUGGAUGGCUACUUCGCGGUCAAACACGCCCGCUACACGGUGAAGCCCUUGCUCCGGGCCAAGGGGGCGGACCCGCGACGGGUCUAUGGGCCCGGCUCCGCCCUGAUCCCGCACCUCUUCCGCAAGGACCAUUUCAGCUUCGAGACGGUACCUUCGCGCCCCAGCUGCGAGACGCGCGGCUCCGGCCAGGCCCCGCCGCUGGGAGGCAAAGGCGAGCUGCGGGGGGGCCAGGAGCGCCCCGCCCAGCCCCAGCUGGCCACCAGUGCAGCGCUAGCCCCGGGGCCCUUUGCUCCGCCCGGCGCCGGGCGCAGGAGCAGGCGCUCCAUCUCCAGAGCCCGCCAGGUGGAGCUGCUGCUGGUGGCCGACGGCUCCAUGGCCAAGAAGUACGGCAAGGGCCUGCAGCACUACCUGCUGACCCUGGCCACCAUCGCCUCCCGGCUCUACGGGCACGCCAGCAUCGAGAACCCCAUCCGGCUGGCCGUGGUGAAGGUGGUGGUGCUGGGCGACAAGGAGAAGGGGCUGGAGGUCAACAAGAACGCAGCCACCACGCUGAAGAACUUCUGCAAGUGGCAGCACCAGCACAACCCGCUGGAGGACGAGCAUGAGGAGCACUACGAUGCCGCUAUCCUCUUCACCCGGGAGGAUUUAUGUGGGCAUCAUUCAUGUGAUACUCUGGGAAUGGCAGACGUUGGGACCAUAUGCUCUCCUGAGCGCAGCUGUGCAGUGAUUGAAGAUGACGGCCUCCAUGCAGCUUUUACAGUGGCUCACGAAAUUGGGCACCUGCUUGGGCUUUCCCAUGAUGACUCCAAAUUCUGUGAGGAGAACUUUGGCUCCAUGGAAGAUAAGCGCUUAAUGUCCUCCAUCCUGACUAGCAUUGAUGCUUCCAAACCCUGGUCCAAAUGCACUUCAGCAACCAUAACUGAAUUUUUGGAUGAUGGUCAUGGGAACUGUUUACUCGACCAACCACGAAAGCAGAUCUUGGGCCCUGAGGAGCUUCCAGGACAAACGUACGAUGCCAUUCGUCAGUGCAAACUGGCAUUUGGACCCGAGUACACAGUGUGUCCUGGCAUGGACGUAUGCUCUCGUCUGUGGUGUGCAGUUGUUCGCCAAGGUCAGAUGGUGUGUCUGACCAAGAAGCUACCUGCUGUGGAGGGGACACCAUGUGGGAAAGGAAGGAUCUGCCUCCAAGGAAAAUGUGUUGACAAAACGAAGAAGAAAUAUUAUUCGGCUUCAAACCACGGUAACUGGGGUUCCUGGGGCCCGUGGGGACAGUGCUCCCGUACAUGUGGUGGAGGAGUUCAGUUUGCCUAUCGUCACUGCAACAACCCAGCUCCUAGAAACAACGGGCGAUACUGCACUGGAAAGAGGGCCAUCUAUCGCUCCUGCAACGUCGCAUCCUGCCCAGCAAAUGCUAAAGCCUUUCGACAAGAACAAUGUGAAGCAAGAAAUGGCUAUCAGUCUGAUGCAAAGGGUGUCAAAACGUUUGUUGAAUGGGUCCCUAAGUAUGCUGGAGUGCUUCCUGGAGAUGUGUGCAAGCUCACCUGCCGAGCCAAAGGGACGGGUUACUACGUCGUGUUUUCUCCAAAGGUGACUGACGGAACUGAAUGUAGGCCAUACAGUAAUUCAGUAUGUGUCCGGGGAAAAUGCAUUCGAACUGGUUGUGAUGGCAUCAUCGGUUCAAAGCUCCAAUAUGACAAGUGUGGGGUGUGUGGAGGAGACAAUUCCAGCUGCACGAAAGUCAUGGGAACCUUUAAUAAAAAGAGCAAGGGCUACACGGAUAUAGUGAAAAUACCCACAGGGGCAACUCACAUCAAAGUGCGGCAGUUCAAGUCUAAAGACCAGAACAGAUUCACAGCUUACCUGGCCCUGAAGAGGAAAAAUGGUGAGUAUCUUGUCAAUGGAAAAUACAUGAUCUCCACUUCGGAAACAAUCAUUGACCUCAAUGGAACUGUCAUGAACUAUAGUGGCUGGAGUCACAAGGAUGAUUUCUUGCAUGCAAUGGGACAUUCUGCCACAAAGGAGAUUCUUAUAGUGCAGAUUCUUGCCACUGACCCAACUAAAGCAGUGGAUGUCCGUUACAGUUUCUUUGUGCCAAAGAAGCAAACGCAGAUGACUAACUAUGUCACGAGCAAUAGCAACAGUAAUAAAGUAACACCACAGCUCAUGCAGCCACAAUGGGUGCCUGGACCCUGGCUUUCUUGUUCUCGAACAUGCGACACAGGAUGGCAUACCAGGACUGUCCAGUGCCAAGAUGGGCAUGGAAAACUAGCUAAAGGAUGUCUUCUCUCUCAGAGACCAUCGGCAUUUAAACAGUGCUUACUAAAAAAAUGUUAACCUGUGGUUAUGAUCUUCUUAAAAAGAGGUCUAAGUAAGCCAUUGUUGACAUACUAGUAUUAGGUCUACCUAGACAGACGAAGCCAAGGCUUCAAUAUACUUACAUACAGUCUCAAAUUAUGGGCAGAAUCUGCCUAUUUGGACCAAAUGAAGAUGUGCACUGCUCUAAGUGACAGUGGAGUGAUCUUAGUAUGUCGCAAAAACUAAACAUUAGAAUUGUUAUAAGCCCUCUGUGUCUGCAAAAAAGGAAGAGGAAAAACCAGUGAAUGGACAAUCAUGGGAUAUUUGAAGGUUACAGAAUCAUCUCCCCCUUUUCACCUACCUCUAAUACAGUAUGUCCUUAGACAACUUUGUCAUACUUACCCAUGAUACCACAGUAGCUUAUUUUAUACAGUUUAUAAAUAUCUUCCCUUUGGUAUGUCACUUUAUAUCACUUGGUUCUACUAAUUAAAAAAAAACAAUCUUUCUAUAAGCAAAGUGAUUGACCAAAGUAUGUCUGCAGCCAUUGUGACC